UCAAUUUUCAGAUCACUGCAAUCCCACCGUGAAAUGCAAGGGGGAGGCGUUUCUGAACUCGGACUGUAAGUGUAUGUGCCGGACGCACACGUCCCUCGGUGCCGAGGAGUGUCCCCGCAGUAGUUACGUACAGAUCAGCGAGCCCCCUCGGCCCCGGACCCUACCGCCCCGGACCAGGACCUGGAGUAUCCCCGCCCGCUCAGGGGAGCGCAGCAAGAGUAAGGAGAACGCCAUCAUCAAACCGAAGAAAUCCAAAAAAGCUUCCAAGUGCUACCCGAAGAACGGCGCCUCCUACCGGGGCAAGCUCAGUACGACAAUCCACGGCGAGUCCUGCCUGUCCUGGAGCGACACCUUGGACCGUGACGUCAGCGUGCACACCUACCCUGGCGGGCUGGCCGGGGUGGGGAAGCACAACUUCUGCCGUAACCCUCCCUACCCUUACAGCUCCCGCCCCUGGUGUUACGUCAAGUCCAGCCGGUACUGGGACUACUGUGAUAUCCCGCUCUGUCGAGACAGGGACGGGUCAGGCGUAUCUAAGGAGAUAAACAGUAAGAAACAUAGAAAGGGCUACAAGAGUAGGGAGAGGGGGAGGAAGCAUAGACUGUGGCUACGCAGACGUCCUUCCUCUAAACCAGCUGAUACCGAGGAUAGGAGUCAUUAACUAGGACGGAUAUGAUUUUCCUUUUCUAGCCGCGAGGGGGCGUUAGUUGACGGAGGAGAGAUGGCGUUGUACAUACCGAACGUUUCUGUAUAUUAAACACAUUCCUUGUAAAGUUUUGUAUUUACAAAUGAUGUUAAAAAUGGUGGACUUGACUCAUGGAGGGUGUGAGGGCUUCUGCAUCAAGUCAUUGAAUAUCGUGUGGAAAGUCAUUGAAUAUUGUGUGGAAAAUCUCAAGAAAGUAGUUGCGACGAUAAGAUACAUAACACAGUCACUAGCUGUAAAAUACAUUGUAGUCAUCAGCUGUGCAGCGCCGACUAGCGGCUCUACCGGUAAUGCAUCUCCAGAAUACAGAAUACUUUCACCCUAGUUACUUUAAGAAUUUCUAGCUCUAUGUUAUUUGUAUAUUUUGCACAUCUUAACACUAUUGUCACAAAGGUUUUAUGAUCUCGUUUGUCUAUUAUUUCCUAAUCACUUAGACUUAAUAUUUCAGGUUAUGGUAAGAUUUUCAUUUUGUGAAGCAAUUUAGUCGGUAUCAUACUGUGGCGAUACUCGAGAAUGUCAACUAUUUAUAAGCACAGGCUCAGUGGAUAUAUGUACUUAUAAGACGUUUGCAGGGAGCGCUUUUCACAAUUCAUAGAUACCGAUUACCUCACCGGCAUUGCUAAGUUAUACGGACACUAUUUAAGAUGUCUUGAAGAGAAACGAAGACCUCACAUAGUCUCGAUACAAAGCCUCAUUGAUCACUCAUAUGUAUUAUUUUGACAACAGGUUUGAACUGAAUAAACCAAAAAGCCACCACA